AUGCUUUUAAAGCUAUGUCUCAUUCAUAUAAUACCCUUUGCUUUCUUGCUGGCCGGCAGCUGCUCUGGUGAGAGUAUUCUCGAGCAGACUGUGUUGCAAAGCGAUAGCCGACGACCGAUAUAUCUCAUUGCCCACCGCGUUUUGCAUGCCAGUGCGGUCCCACAAGCUUUCAGUGACGGUGCCAAUGCACUUGAGGUGGAUGUGGCACCCUAUAAUGGGGUCUGGUAUGCGUGGCAUGCUGACAAGAAUACACCUUGGGAUAGGCCACAGGAUACCGUGGAAAAAUUGUUUAGCGCUGUUGCCGCGCAGCAUAAAGAUGGGAAGCCAAUUACUUUUCUCUGGCUGGACAUUAAGCACCCAGGCCAUUGUUCUUCGGCAGGCAAUGAGUGUAUCAUCACAGAGCUACAGCAAAUGGCACAAAAGAAAUUGAAGUCCGUUGGUGUCCGAGUUCUCUAUGGCUUCAGCCUGGACCAUUCUAACAGCGGAGCCUGGGAGACCAUUGCUAAGAAUUUGACGGCAAUGAAGCGAUGGGCCUAA